AUGGGAAAGCGUAAUUCUCAACGUAAAAGUGCUGCGAUGUUCGACAGCGAUGACGACAGUAGCGUGACCUCGUCGUCAACGGCUCGCUCAGAUUUCAUGUCGGUGUCUGGAGGUGAAGAUGUGCAGUUUGUUCAAGAUUCCUUGCUCGACCAGGCACUCGAUGCAUUAGAUGAGAAAAGGGGUUCCACGAGGGAGAAAGCUUUGACAUCGAUCAUUGACGCUUUCAAUAACAAUAUGCAGCAUCAGUUUGUGGAGAAGAAAUUUGCUACUUUAUUACAUCAAUGUCUUGCUUCAAUAAAAAAAGGAUCCAAAAAGGCAUCUGCUAAAGAGAUAGCUUUGGCAUCUCACGCCAUUGGUUGUCUGGCCUUGACUGUUGGAUGUGGUGACAAUGCCCGUGAAAUAUUUGAAGAAUCCAUUCGUCCUUUGGAUGAGUCUCUCACAUCAAAGAUAGAUGCUUCAAAGACACCAUCAUUGCUAGAAUGUUUGGCUAUAGUCACCUUUGUUGGAGGGAACGAUCAAGAAGAAACAGAACGAUCAAUGGAAAUAAUGUGGCGAGUUAUCAAUCCUAAAUUAGGUUCCAAUGUUGUUUCUGUCAAACCUUCUGCUUCAUUAAUAGCCAAUGUGGUGUCUGCGUGGUCUUUUCUCCUAUCUACCAUGAGCAAUUUGAAGUUAAAUUCAAAAAAUUGGCAAAAUUCAAUAUCUUAUUUAUCUAGUCUUCUAGACAAGGAAGACAGAUCUGUACGAAUUGCUGCUGGUGAAGCACUUGCUCUGUUUUUUGAAAUUGGAGUUGUAGAUAAAUUUUCUGCCCAGUCAGACAGUGCAAGUGAUACAACGCAAGAAGGGUGUCAACCACUUGAAAGCUACAUAUUUUUACAAGGACUGAAAGGAAAGGUGUUAAAUCAAUGCAAAAAUCUUUCCAUGGAGGCGGGUGGAAAAGGUUCUGCGAAGAAAGAUCUUAACAGUCAAAGGAACUUGUUCCGAGAUAUCUUGGAUUUUUUUGAGUAUGGUUACUCCCCGGAUAUUUCAAUGAAGAUUGGCGGUGAUUCCCUGCAGACAUCGUCAUGGUCUGAAAUGAUACAGUUGAAUUUUAUCAAGCAUUUUCUUGGAGGAGGAUUCGUCAAGCAUAUGCAGGAAAAUGAGUUCCUACAUGAUGUUUUUGGGUUUUCGCCGAAGAAAAAGUAUCUUAAUAACAAUGAACACAGAAUGUCUGGUGGUGAAAAGAGAAUGUUUAAAUCUCCAAAUUCGGUUAUGAACAAAGCUAGGACGCAAUUACUUAAUAAGCAGCGGAUAUUAUCUGAGGGCAGAAACUUCGGUCACUACGCUGUUGGUAUUGCUGACGAGGAUGCAUGA